AUGGAAAACAUUAUUAACUUCCAAGAAGAUUUGUAUGAACGUAUUGUAAAGGCAAAGACUAAUUUUAAGAAAUCGCCUAAAGAGCGUAUAACUAAAGAAUAUGUAGAUAGUAGACUAGAAAAUCUUGAACAGUUGUGGUUUGAAUUUUUGUCUGGUCACAAAGACUUAUUUAGAAGCCAUACAGCUAAAGAUGUUAAAAGUUCAACUUAUGUCACUAAAAAUGUUUAUGACAAAGCUGAAGAAAUGUAUUUAGAAUAUAAGUGUGAUCUUAAAACUUUAUCUAAACAAUUUGAAUCAAAAUUAAUAGUUGAAAGUAAUGAACCGAAAUCUAAAUUUUCAAAUAGAAUGCAUGCAAACUAUCCACAAAUAAAUAUACCUUACUUUUCUGGGAAUUACCAAGAGUGGACAACGUUCAAAGCUCUUGCUAUAAUAACGAAUGUCUGUAUGAGAUUCAAAGGCUUCAUUACCUCAAAUGUUACCUUAAGGGAGAAGCCGAACAGUUGA